AUGCGUAGUACCCUUAGUGCUGGGUCUCUGAGGGCGCUUAGGUGGUAUACACCAAGCUAUCUAAGUUGCAUAAAUACAGUUAGGUGCUUUUCAGUUUCGUACAGAGUCUCCUCAGCAGACAGUAAGAAUAGCACCACCCCUACCCCCCCUUCAUCUCGAUCGGUCCCCGAAUGGGCGCGCCCGAAGUCAGAAGAAACAGUCCUGAAUGCGCUCACAUGUCAAACUCGUCCUACAGGGCCAACUCGUUCUGGUCUUGGUGUCAAGUACAAUCUGUACUUGGAGCUUUCGAAGCCCCGUCUGACAUGGCUCGUGGUGCUCUCAACCAUGUCGGCAUAUGCCCUGGCGCCAAACGAGCUCUCACUCUUGCAUCUCGCAUUUCUAACAGCUGGAACAGCCCUUUGCUCCGCUUCUGCCAAUGCAAUUAAUAUGGGUCGUGAGGGGGAAUUCGAUAGACAAAUGACCCGUACCCGCCAAAGACCAGUUGCAAGUGAGCGUUUGACACCAACUCAAGCGUUUCAAUUUGCAGCAAUUUCUGGAACAGUCGGAACCUCCGCACUUUAUUUUGGUGUUUCCCCUUUGGUAGCCGCUCUUGGGUUGAGUAAUAUCGCAUUGUACGGUUGGCUCUAUACUAGUUUGAAGAGGAAGCAUAUUUCUAACACUUGGGUUGGUGCUAUUGUUGGUGCGAUCCCACCAUUGAUGGGAUGGGGAGCGUGUUCAUCUUUAUCAGAUCCCGGAAUCUGGAUGUUGGCGGGAUUGCUUUACUCAUGGCAGUUUCCGCAUUUCAUGUCUCUGAGCUAUUCCAUCGCAGAUGAAUAUAAGAACGCAGGCUAUGUCAUGUCUGCUUGGACAGAUCCACUAAUGAGCUCAAGAGUCUCUUUGAGACAUUCUAUCGCUAUGGUUCCGCUUUGUGUCGGGUUGUGGUAUUUCGGAGUUACGGAUGCGUGGUUUAUCAUUGAUAGUUCUCUUGUUAACGGUUGGCUUAUUUGGACCUCUUUCUUAUUCUGGAAACAGCAGCGUGAUAUUUCUAACGGCCUGGCUACAGUUGAUCCUGCUGGCAAGCACAAGCAGUAUGCCCGGCAACUCUUCUGGGCUUCAGUGAUCCACCUUCCGGCUGUCUUGGUGCUUGCAAUGAUUCAUAAGAAAGGACGAUGGGAUUGGUUUUUCGGAAGUGAGGACUCUCACGAGGAGGCUGAGAAACCCUGA